CCCAACAGUAUGGGCUUUUCCUUGUACCAUGUCUCCACUCUCUUCUUUUCCGACAAAAUUUGAUAAAAGCAAAACAAGACACACAGAAGAAGCUCACUCACUCUCUGUACUGUGUGUAUGUGUGUGAAGUCUCUCUCUCUCUCUCUCUUCCUGCACGCUUCAACACCGAGAUUCCAAACCCGUUUUUUUCAAAAACAAGAAAAACUAUAGACAAACAGCAUCAAAAACAGUGGGAAGCAUAACCACCAGCAGAGCAAGAACAACAUCAGCCACAUAUAUAUCUACAAGAAUAAAGCUUCCUCUCGGAUUUUCACCACCUUCCACAACAUGGGUUUUUCUCCUUUGCUGUUUCUUCCCUUUCUCCUACUCACAUUCUCCUCGGCAGACCCCAUUUCCGAGCUGACUUCCUUAAUGGACCUAAAAGCCAGUCUUGACCCGGAAAACUUGCAUUUGGGUUCAUGGGUUGUUGCCGGUCACCCGUGUGAUGGUUCAUUUGAGGGAGUCGCUUGCAAUGAGAAAGGCCAAGUGGCUAACAUUUCUUUGCAGGGCAAAGGGCUGGCCGGAAAGCUGUCGCCAGCGGUCGGUGGGCUGAAGCAUUUGACGGGGUUGUAUCUGCAUUACAAUUCUUUGUAUGGAGAAAUUCCUGUGGAGAUUGCGAACUUGACUGAGCUGACUGAUCUGUACUUGAAUGUGAAUAAUCUUUCCGGGGAGAUCCCUCCUGUUCUUGGAAACAUGGCAAACUUACAAGUUUUGCAGCUGUGUUAUAAUCAAUUCACAGGGAGUAUACCCACACAGCUAAGUUAUCUGAAGAAGCUUAAUGUGCUAGCUCUCCAAUCCAAUCUGUUAACUGGUGCAAUCCCUGCUAGCUUGGGGAACUUGGGAGUCUUAAUGAGGCUAGACCUCAGUUUUAACCAGCUUUUUGGAUCAAUUCCAGCAAAACUAGCCGAUGCCCCGAUGCUGGAAGUCCUGGACGUUCGAAAUAACACUCUCUCUGGCAAUGUUCCUCUUGCUCUGAAGAGAUUGGUGGAUGGAUUUCUGUAUGAAAAUAACCCGGGAUUAUGUGGAUCUGGUUUUUCUUCUCUGAGAAGCUGCAGCGAUUCGGGUCGUCCCAAUUCUGACAGGCCAGAACCUUAUGCAGGAGGAGCAACUGGUCUCCCGACUAGGGACAUCCCUGAGACUGCUGACCUGAAUUUGAACUGUAACGGAAGUCCUUGCUCGAAGAAAUCUAAGACGUCACAGGCCUCGGUGGCUGUUGGAGUAAUCGUAGCUACUGUUAUUCUAUCAGCUUUAGGUAUUAUGUCCUUCUUACUAUACCGAAGGCGUAAGCAAAAACUUGGCAGUGCAUUUGAUAUAUCGGAAAGUCGUCUCAGCACGGACCAUGUCAAGGAGACUUAUCGGAAGAAUGGCUCUCCUCUUGUAAGCCUUGAAUACGCAAACGGAUGGGACCCAUUGGCUGAGGGUCGACGUUUUGGUGUUUCUCAAGAGGUUAUGCAGAACUUUAGGCUCAAUCUGCAGGAAGUGGAGUCGGCUACUCAGUACUUUGCGGAGAAGAAUUUACUGGGGAAGAGUAACUAUUCAGUGACAUAUAAAGGGAUGUUGAGAGAUGGAUCAGUCGUUGCUGUUAAGAGAAUCACGAAAAGUAGCUGCAAGUCGGAAGAAGCUGAAUUCUUGAAGGGACUGAAUAUCCUGACCUCGUUGAGGCAUGAAAAUUUGGUUAUGCUGAGAGGGUUUUGCUGCUCCAAAGGACGUGGAGAGUGCUUCCUAGUUUAUGAUUUUGUUCCGAACGGGAGUUUGUUCCGAUAUCUUGACCUCAAGGAGGGCGAUGGUCAGAUUCUUGAAUGGUCCACCAGAGUAUCUAUAAUUAAGGGCAUUGCCAAAGGCAUAGAAUAUUUGCAUGACUGUAAGGUGAACAAACCCUCUCUGGUUCACCAAAACAUUUCGGCAAAAAAUGUGCUUAUUGACCACCGGUUGAAGCCUGUGCUCUCUGAUUCAUGUCUGCACAAGCUUCUCACAAACGACACCAUUUUCUCAGCCCUCAAAGCCAGCGCUGCUAUGGGAUAUCUUGCUCCCGAAUACACUACCACAGGCCGUUUCACCAAAAAAAGCGAUAUUUAUGCUUUUGGGGUGCUCGUUUUCCAGAUCCUCUCCGGGAAGAGAAAAUAUUCGACUUCUAUGCGUGCUACUGCCGAGUCGUCCAGCCUCGAGUUCAUCGAUGGAAAUCUCCAUGGGAAGUUCUACGAACCUGAAGCUGCUAUGCUCACAAAAGUUGCCAUCCUGUGCACGCAUGAAUCUCCAGAUGACAGACCGUCCAUGGAGACACUAGUACAGGAACUCAAUAGCUAAAUUAACUUUGGAUGAUCAUCAUAUUCUGUCAGUCGAUGUUGUCUGUGCAACUUGGAAUGCAUUAGUUGUAGUAAGGUAGAUUGCUACUAACCACUUGAUAGGGCUAUGAUUAAUCAAGCUGUUCUUAUUGGUGGGGUCCUGUUUCUCAGGACUAAGCCAUCUGGUACACGUUGAUUUUAGCUGUAGUCUAGUUUAUGUUUGUAGAAUGUAGCCCAGGAAUGGUUGUUCUUGAGGGAAUUUUCCAUCACCCUUUUGUAUUUAAUGAAUUACUUCUUCUGUAAGGAGGCACUUUUCCUCCACUAAAUGAUGGAUUAUUUCACUUUCCUCCA